AGAUAAGAUGGCAAACUAGAGGAGGGUCACUGUGAUUACAGCUAGUUUGCGCAGCCAUGCUUUACCCACUACGAGGAUGAUAUUCCUCUUUCUUCUCUUCUUCUUCUCAUUUUCAGAUUGCAGAGUUAUUGACAGUGAUAGUUUAGAUCCUAAUGAUGUCAUAAUCGUGAGAUUUAAAAAGGAUGUGACUCCAAAAACUGCAAAAGAUUCCUUAUCUGAGAUCUUGAAACUACCCCCUGAUCAGAUCUUUAUCGCAAAACACGAGAGUGAAGACAACACAAUAUCGUUCACUGUCAGCAAGACAAAUGGAACAGCCCUUACUAAAGAGAGCAUCUUAGCACUUUUAUCUAAGUCAAAAGCACUUUCUGUUGUGUCUGAGCAGCCUGCUGAGACAACUCAAACAUCGCCUGAAAAAGGAUUUUGGGAGAAACCUUGGUUUGUUGUUGUAGCAGCUAUUAUAGCAGGUAUUGUGGUGUUUCUGAUUAUGGUGCCCCCAAUAUACCUGUGUAUAAAGAAGAGGAAGGGGGGCGAACUUGAGAAGAUUGACAGUCAGAUAGUUAAACGUUACGAUACUAUGGGACGAGAUGGAAGUAUCCAGUCCAGAAGGAAGCUAGCACCUCAAGCUCUCACACUAACACCACUAAGUCAUCAGAGUACCGAGUCUUCAGACAGUGACAGCUCUCCACCUGGUAUAAAGGAGGCGUUACAAUCCAGAACUAACCCGCUGACGCCGCUACAGCUACGACAAAGAUUGGAUAACCCUGCCCUUCUUUACGCUGAAUUCUCGUCUAUGCCAACAAACGAAGAGACCAGAACCGUGAAGAAAAGUUCGAUGAAGAACAGAUAUAAAGGAGUCCUCCCUAAUAUACAUACGAGGGUCAAGUUAAAAACUGCUGAAAUACCAGAGGAUUACAUCAACGCUAACUACCUCAAGGGAUACAAAGGUUUGCCGAGAGUGUACAUCGGAACUCAAGGCCCCCUGAAGAACACAGUUAACGACUUCUGGAGAUUAGUGUGGCAAGAAAACGUUAACACAAUCGUAAUGAUUACAAAACUGCAAGAAAAGGGGCGAAACAAAUGUUCCAUUUACUGGCCUGAGUCAGUAGGUACUUACGGAAGCUACACUGUAACUGUUAGAGACAGCACUGAGUACGAGGGGUUCACUGUCACCUCCAUGCUUAUCACUGACGGAUUGGAGGUACACAGACUCUGUCACCUGUGGAUGUGGUCGUGGCCGGACCAGGGUGUUCCAGACAGCUCCAGAACCCUUUUAGCUGUCCUGUCUUGUGUUCAUGGGAUAUGGCAGGUCGGCAGUUCUCCUCUCGUCGUUCACUGCAGUGCAGGUUUAGGUCGUACGGGAUGUUUUAUAGCGGUUGAUAUAGGUAUACAAGCGAUCAAACACGACAGAGUUGUUGAUGUCCUCAAGAUAGUUGCCAGCAUGAGACUCGACAGAGGAGGGAUGGUACAGACGUUGGAACAGUACGAGUUUAUACACCGGGCCUUGUUGAGGCACGAAGUGUCAAUACGUAACAAGAACAGAUAUAAGGGUCUCCGACAGGCGUCCUUCUCUCACGAGGGUCCUCCUGAAGCUCUGUACGGGCAAGGAGUACCACGGAGGAUGUCGUUCUACAAACCCUCCUACACUUCACACGCCCUGGACAUCGCUUCAACCUCACUACCUACCUACAUAUCUCCUCUACUCAGCGCUGAUCACUUGGAAAUACCUUCUCCCGACAGUCCUAAACCUCCCUCUUUACUGCAGCUGUCUCAGCUGAUGGAAAAGAGUUCCAAACGUAAGCUUUUCAAGCGGACUACAGCAGUAGACUUCUCUUCUGACGUCAACUACAUUCCGCACUCGCCGCCAAAGCACUCACCACCGAAACACCCGCCAAAACACGCCGCCACUGUCGGAGAAGAGGCCAGUCCGGACCAAUUCCUGAAAACUCCGUCUAGUCUCACCAAAUCUUCUUUCUCCCUAGAUUUGGGAAGAGUGGACAAAGCAGAGAAACAGCCGCUACCUCGCUCUGCAUCUGAAGACACUCCCGAGUACGGACCAGAGAGUCCUCAAGAACCAUUUUCCAGUAAAUCCAUCAACAUGCCCUACUUCACCUUCGACUUCGAGCCGAUUCCUGAGCCAGAGAGCCCGUUAAAUGGAGCGAGUGGUUUGCGGAGACAAAGUCCUUGUGAUAGCCCUAUUCUAAUUAGCUCCUGAUCCAGGCGGGAUUAAUAGAUAUCAUUAGGGGUGUGUUAGAUUAGUUGACUUAAUUAGUUACUUGAUUAGUUGAUUAGUUAAUUAAUUUGAUUAACUUAGUGAGAAUUCGAUUAUUAGACUGUUAGAGACGGAAAUCAAAUGAUGAAACAGCUCGGACGUAAUAAUGUUGAGAAUGUUUAUUUAUUUGAUUUAAAAUUUAUUUUAUUUAACGAUUAACAGUUGGAUAAUAUUUAUUAAUUACUUAAUGUUUAACUUAAAUCCUUGAUUAAGAUUAUACCCGAAACGUGGCUACGUUAUCGUGCGCGGAGAUAUAUGUAGAUUUUAGAAUUGUAAAUGUCCCAUUUCAAUUGUGUGCAAACGACCUGCCAAAUUUUAAUUUUAAUUUUCAAGUCGAGUUGUUAACUCUUUUUGACUAACAAUGUUUUAAUUUUCGGUUAGAAUGAAUAUGAUUGUUUUUUUUUGUGGCUGUAAACAUUUGAAAACUUCCUUUAAAUUUAAGCUUCGAUUUUAGUAUUUUAAACGUUAAUUUAUCCCAAAAUUAACUUCUGCAAAUUUUUAAAUUUUACUUAAUAUUUGACCUCAAUGUACAUUUCUCCAUGAAUGCUAUGGAACUUAUUAUUUUAAUUUAGAUUUAGCAUCAAAUUAAAUUAUUUUGAAAUGUUUAGAUUUUAAAACUGUGUUGUAAAAUUAAAUUAUUAACAUUCAUCGUAUUAUGAUACAUAAUGAUGGCAUCAUAAUCAACUGUAGUCGUCAUCGAGCAGACAGCUUAAUUUUUGUGGAUUAAUCUCAAUUGUUACACAAUAGAUCACGUGUUCAGAGUUUUGGUGUCACCAUGACAUUAACUUUGUCACGUGACUUUGUUCACCUUAUUAAUAUCUCUAAGAACAUCGGGAAGUACCACGCGGGCAGCAGUUUUGAGUUUAACCAUGAUAGUUUUAGCCAAAUCUCAUGAUGUUCUUUUAAAAUUGGCUUGAGCAACUCCAAACGCACCACCGCACUAAUUAAGACAUUAUUUAAUUUAAGUUUGCUAGUUUUAUUAUUCGAUUAAUUUAGUCUUGGUAAGCUGUGUUGUGUUUUGAAGUUCGAUUAAUAAUUUGCGUAGUAUUUAAAUUACUUAUUAAAAUGUGUUGUUCCAGUUACAAACCAAGAUCAGUUGAGUUAGCAUCCGA